UGGUGGGAAUAUUCCAUGCCAAUCAAUGCGGCGGGUAAAAAGAAAUCUGCGCGCGAAGCUUCGUGGAAGCUCCCUUCCCGCCACCCUCUUCCUUUCUUUUUAACCUCCGUCGAAACCGUGGCGAAGGCGAGGAAGAGGAAGAAGAGAAGGCCGACGAAGGCGACUAGCGAUUCCGCCAUGAAGCUUUCCGUGCCCUCCUUCUUCGCCUCCCAUUUCAAGAGGAGCGGCAAGAAGUCCUCCUCUCGUCGCUCCUCCUCCGACGCCUCCACGGACGGCGACUCCUCUACCUCCUCCUCCUCCUCCCUCUUCCACCCCCACCAAGCUGCCGCUUCCCCUUGCUCCGUCCUGCUGCCCUCCUUCACAGCCCAAGAGCUCGAGGCCGCGCUCCGCAGCCUGGGCCCCAUCGACGCCGGCGGCGGCGUCGACCUCACCGAGGCCGAGCUCGCCGCGCUGUUGGCGGAGCCUUCGCCGGAGGCGGAGGAGGAGCUGCGCGAGGCCUUCGCGGUCUUCGACUCGGACGGCGACGGGAAGAUCUCGGCGGAGGAGCUGAGGCGCGUGUUGGAGACGCUGGGCGACGAGGGGUGCUCCCUGGACGACUGCCGCCGGAUGAUCCACGGCAUCGACACCGACGGCGACGGCUUCGUCUGCUUCAACGAUUUCGCCCGGAUGAUGGACGGCCAGCGAUGCUUCUGAAGUCGAGCACGGUGGGGACGUGCGCUCGCGAUUGAAUUGGAGAAACAAAUUAAAUUAAAUAGGAUCAUUUUGUAUAUGAUUGGAACAAAAUGGACUUUAAGAUUCGCUUCUCCGAUGCCGAUUACGAUUGAUUUCUUCAUCAUAUUUUAUUUUUUUAAAGAAAGUUUAUAAUAAACUGUUGAUGUGAUAGCUGAUAAA